AUGCGCGGCUCUGAUGCAAUGGCAGGGCCCGCGGCGAGGUGGCGACCGGCGCAGAAUUCAGAGGCUGUGCGGAAGUACACGAGCAAGGCUGUCGCCCCGCAUCCACCCGCGAAGGUCAUUCUGGAAGAUCACUCCCUCAUCGAGGUAUUCCGACGCUCGGCGGCGUUUCAGAAAAUCAUUUCCUACGUACAGGGCUGCAGCGAGGCGGUGGAGUCAACGCCAAACUACCAGCGGAUGUCCACCACCGUGAAUGACUGCGACGACACGGUGAAGUACUUCGUAGAAGACUAUCUCCCUCGCCUGCAUGACACUGCAACCGCGAUCCCGCUGGAAGACAUGGCUCAGCAGCGCUUCGGCAACCGCGCCAAGCGCAUAUUUCACGAGCGGCUCGAGGAAACGGUGGUUGCCGACAUGGAGAAGCUCGUUCGCACCUUUCCCACCUCCACAAGUCGUUCGGAGGAGGAGAUCACCGCCAUGGCAACGGAGUUGGCGGCGUACGUCAUGGACUCCUUUGGCAACGCCACCCGCCUCGACUUCGGCAGCGGCCACGAGCUGCAUUUUUUCAUUGUGAUUAUGAUCUGCCUUGAGGAGCACGGCGACUGCGGCGGGAGCCUGAAGGAUGAUCCGACGGUGCUCGUACCGCUCGAGGUCCCGCCGCCACCGCCGGUGCCCCUGGAGGCGAGGGUGGAGGUGCGCAAGCGGCGCCAGGACUACAUCUUCUACAUAUUUUACGACUACAUGCGUCUGGUCCGGUGUCUGCAGAAGCGCUACUCGCUCGAGCCGGCGGGGUCACACGGGGUGUGGGGCUUAGACGACUAUCACCACAUUCCCUACAUCUUUGGCGGUGCUCAGCUCAUCAAUGCGGAUAUGCAUCCCGUGAAGCCGGCGGUCGAUCAGGAGGCGACCAUAAUCCACCCCAAAGACGUCUGCGACCGCACCAAGGUAGCGAUGCUGAAGGACAACUACCUCUACUUUGGUAUGAUCGCGUGGAUCUUGGAGAACAAGACCGGGCCGUUCCACGAGCACAGCAACAUGCUGUACAACAUCUCCGGCGUCGAGCACUGGGCGAAGGUCUACAGUGGCAUGGUGAAAAUGUUUGCCGCGGAGGUGCUGGGGAAGUUCAACGUGUCGCAGCACCUCCUUUUUGGUCGACACCUCCAGUGGAACACAAAGGCCAUCUGA